GAAAUUUUUGAAGAAUUUGUGGUGUCAUCCAGUUUACAAAGAUAACGUAUGCACAUACAUACGUACACUUAUGAAGUCACGCUACAUAUUAUUAAAUAUGUAAUAGUGCAUGAAUAUCAAGAAGUGCUAAGUAGACGCUACAGAUUUAUUCGAUGUGUGUACAAUUAUUUUGUACGUGUUUCGAAAGUUUUAUUCUCGUGUAAUUAUUAUUUAAAAAUUUGAAAGUAUAUUCUGAAAAAUGAGCUUAGUUUACAUUUUUGUAUUUUUGCUUUAUUUUCAUCAUGUAUUGACUAUUUUAAUAACAAAUAAAAUCGAAGAAACCGAUAACAAUUACAAUCCGGAUGUUCAUCUUACUACGCCUGAGAUGAUAAAACGUGCCGGAUAUCCUGCAGAAGCACAUAUUAUUGAGACAACAGAUGGGUAUUUAUUAUGUAUACACAGAAUACCCGGUAAAUUCAAUUCAAGGCCAGUGUUUUUACAACACGGUCUUCUUGGUAGUUCUGCUGAUUGGGUCAUUUCUGGCAAACAAAAAUCGUUAGGAAACACAACUCGACACAGUUACUAUGUUAACGCGCAGACAGAGAAGAGAGACCAGUAUAUGGUUGAACCAAGAAAAGAGUAGUCUCGAUUUGGUGUCUAAUGUCAC